UCUUAGGGUCUAGGUAGAAAACAGAAAAUAGGCAGCCUACUUGGGGCAUGGGGUGGGGGAGUUGGGAGCAUCCAUCUGUGGGGGGAGGGCUAAUACCAGGGUGGUGGAAGAUUGUUUUCUUACGUUAGAUGGGGAGGUUGGAUAAGUUUGUUUGGUUUGAAUGAAACACAGGGCUGUCCUCUACAGUGGUCAUGCUCCUGACCCAUGGGAGGAAGCUGACCACCAGGUGACAUGACCCUGUCGACCCUCAAGGAGAGAGCUGUUGUCUAGUCCUCCUGAUAUGCGCAAACUAGCCAUAUGACCUCUAAAAGGUUACAUCACAACCGCUGCGUUUUAUUUUGAAACUCCAAACCGGAAUCCCGGUAAUAUCGCAUGUGUAACUUGACGCUGGUACCUGUCAAACAGUCUCCGUCCUCCUCACUGUUCCGCUGAAAUGCCGGCUGGCUUCAGGCUCUCAGGGCUCAACUCUCACGGCAGCGCACUGGCUCUCACCCACCAAAUAUCUGUUGAAAUCCCCGGUCAUAAAAAGCCGCUUUUAAACAUGACCUUGCCUUAAGGGACUGAACACCGGCUCAUACCACGGUUCUCUCGUGCGUCCCGGUGGAUUUCUUCUUCUCUGCCCUGCGCCGUGCUUUGCAACUGAAUGGGAGCUGGAUGAACUGAAAAUCGGACGUGGAUACAGGCUGCAGGACCAGGAACAACAGGAGGACUAGAAGCCUGCAUUAGCCUGAUAUAGCGCUCAUGGCCAGCAUGACCUACAUACCACAGAGCUUAAUGGACGCAUCUCUAGGUCAUCUCUGCUGUAUGGACACCUUACACAGUAACUGACGAGUUGUUCAACCUUGUAACAGUAAUAAGUGACCUUCAUUUUGUGUUGCUGCAGAGCUAUGCAUAACGAGACACGUGAAUGUGCAUAUGACUGAACAAAGAGAAUCAUCCAUGCAGACAAUGUCCUAUGCAAAAUAAGGGAGAUGAUAAGCGCUGUGUGCUGGAUGUUUUGCUGACCUUCUGUACUGGGGCCAAAGAGGAAACCAAAAGGAAAAUUAAUCAAGCAGGUGGCCUGAGGCUUUUGGAUACACACUUUCCCCAUACACCAGCUUUGCUCUUUAGACUAGAGUAUAGCUCACAAGGCUGGAAGUGGAGCCGGGAUCAAAGGUCCACAGGGUUGGUGUUUUUGAUGUCUUUACACACUCAUGUGCAACAGAUUGUAUGGUAGUAAUCACAAAUGCUGUGAUCAGCAAUAAAGUCAAGAGCCAAGCAAUAAAAACUGCUGGAAAGGUCAGAUCCUCAGACGUCUUUGGCUGUCAGCGCCAUAAAGUGUUGCCAUCAUGCUCCUGAACUGUGGUCAGCCGUUACCUCUGCUGAGGCACACGGACGUGCCGCCUCGGGUCAUAGAGAACUUCAUCCUGACUGGAUACCGUUUCCCCAACUACAGCCUGAGGGACUGCUUACUGUCAGCGUUCAGACCUACCAAUGAAACAGGCAACUUCUGGACGCAUUUCCUCCCAGUUUUCAUUUUUUCAUACUAUUUUGUAGAGGUGUUUGGUUGGGAAGGUGCACCACAUUGCGAUGCCCCGUUCUUCUAUCCGUUGUGGAACUACUAUAUCGGGGUGUUCUGUCUACUCAUGGCCAGCAGCAUGGCCCACCUGCUCAACUCCAUGUCUCUGGUGGUGAGAGAAGUCUGCUUCUUUGUGGAUUACGGCACCAUCAGUGCCUACACGGUUGGCUCAUCGUUGGCAUACUACUACUACAUCCACCCUCGGGCAGGGAUAGUGGAGACAGGAGGCCAUAAUGCCCCCCAUGAACCUGCAGGGGCUAUUACAUCAUCGUAUGCAAUCCCAGAGUUCAGUGUGUUUUUUGAAACCUUCUACAUCCCGUGCGCAUGUGUUGUAGCAAUCAUUUGUGUCUUAUCCUGCUGCAAUACUCGUCAGAGGUGGAGGAAGCAUCGAUAUGUUAUCCGGACCCUUGUUUUCCUUCUCCCAUUCCUCGUCUCUUCCACGCCGGUCUUCUAUCGCCUCCUCUCCAGAUCGCCUUAUUCCAGCACCUCCUCCUCCUUUGCUGCUUCCACUUCCAUGCCCACCUUCUUCUAUCGCCACUGCCUCUGGCUGCUGGUGUCAGCCGUCUUCAACAUCAGCAAGUUCCCCGAGCGGCUAGCUCCGGGUUGUUUUGACAUCUGGGGCCACAGCCACCAGUGGUUCCACUGCUGCACGUUUUUGUCCAUCCUUGACGAACUCCAGAUGAUCAAGGCUGAGGUGAGGGCCAUCCUGCUCAGCCCGACUCUGCUGCUGCCCCCUGCCACCCUCUCCCGUCUACCUGGACCUACCAUAGCUUCCACCUACGGGGUGAUGUUCCUCCUCCAGACCACCAUCAUCUCCAUCAUCGUGUGGUUCUCCUGGCACGCCAACUGCAUCUACGGACCUCAGAGAGACCAGCUAGCAAAGGAACACCUCAACAAACACCUGAAAUGUCAUUGAUCACACAGACGUCUUUUUUUUUUUAUCUUGUCGACUGCGAUGGAAGAUUUGCACAUGUACACAGAGCCAUGCCACUAAGAGAAGCGCACAAGUCAAAUUUAUUUCCCCAUCCGAUUUCAAGUCGCUCGUAUGUUCCAGCCUCUUUUGGGAGCAUUUUUCAAGCUUUCAUGAGGGAAAUUGGGGACAACAGGAGAUGAAAGGAUUUAUAUUCUGAGCUCACCACAGGGUGGCUGUCUGCUUGAGUGGAUAUUGAAAGACCGUGCCAGCUCUUUCCCCUGAGCUGUUCCAGCAUGUUCCAACAGGAUGUCUGAGCAGCGGGGAUAAUAACUACCUCUAGGGGCUGUAUACGUGAGGACAGAGGAAAGGUGUCGGUACCCAGGAGAACACAUGUUCCACAGAACAUUUGGGUAAUGUGGCUUAAAAGUCAGAACUUGUCAGUGAGUUGUCUGCUGUCAUGUCCUUCCCUCCUGUAGCACUUCCCCUUCCUCUAACCUCAAACGGUAUCUUUCAAAACUCCUCUGCUAUGGCUUCAGCUGUCUGACACUGAAUGAAUCCUUCUGCCUGAGCAUUGUUAACCAUACCUUCUCUUCCUCUGACUUACACAAACAGUCCCGUUUCCUUUCUCUUUCCAAGUGACCCUUGCAGCAGGAAGUGUGGUGGCCUUGCUGACGUAACAGAAAUAGCUGAGAGCUCAUAUCAGUCUUACAGUAAAAGCACUUUCAGGGGGCCGGUCCGGUCUGGCCUGUCAUUAAGAAGCCAUGCUCACUUUCUAACCUUAAGGGACACAUAACAUUUCUUAAGUUUAUAAUGAUGUUCUCUGCUGACAUCUUCUGUUUGAAUACUUGGGUUAUUUCUAUGUGAAAUGUUCUCAUGGUGCGGUCAAUACAUCUGCUGUUUGUAUGUUUUUUUAUUAUACAGAUGACUUGUUCCCCAUUCAAAACCUUCACAUUGUUCAAAGUCUUCUACUUCAUAUUAAAUGUAAUAUAAAUCUGAUGUUUUCUAAACAGUAUGGAAAGCAUAUUGGAUUUUUCUGUACAGGCAUAUCUUUUUACUGACGGCUCAUGUUAGCAGAAUCUAUCAGCGGGUCCAGUUUGACGGCCGGCAUUGUGACGAAGGCUUUUUCAUGUCAUACGAUGUACAACAACCUCUCAGAGCAAAAGCCAUACUUUAGAAAAAGUGAAAGUUGAAAUUGUGGCAAUACUGUAGUAAUACUAUGUCAUCAGGCACUUCCUGUGUAGUUUUGCACUCUACAAAUAGAUCAGGUUAACGGUUCACCCAGCAGUUUGCACCUGUAUAUUAUCAUUACUCAAGUCAACGAAAUCCCAGAGGGUCAUUUAACAGCGCUUGCAGCUGCUAUCAAGGUGUUUUCAUCAUCCUCAGUGACUUUUUGUAUGGAGGCCUAGAAGUGCCACCAACCAAAAAAAGAUUUUCUUUUUAAUCUUAUAAGCACAAGAUUAAAAAUAAUCUUUUGAGACUUCGGGGACCCCGAAUACAAACCAACCAUCUGGAAAAAUUGCUAUUUUGCCGGCAGUGCCACAAAAAAGAAUGUGCACCUAAUGCAAUCAAAGAGAAGCGCAUGAAUUUGAACAAACUAACUAAAAUUAAAACAGUUUUAUUAAUUUUAUUUGUCUAAAUUGAUGUUACUUUUUAUGUUAUAUUUCCAUACAAAAAAUAUGUUAUUUUAAUGUCAUACAAAACUAGCAAAUAUGUUUUCAUCCACAUGGACCGUGUUGUUUAAUGACCCACUGGGGUUUCAGAGAUCGGAUGCUUUGGUGUGUGACUCAAACACAAUGGUAAUACAUGAGAGGCGGGACUUGGGUAGUUCACCACGGAAAUUAACUGCUAAUCUUACCACAGCUACCAUCUAUUUAUUCAGUUUUUAAUUACAUGAAGGAAGGUUAGCCUUAGUGCUAGCAAGUGUUUCUGUGCUGAAGGAUCAUAUCCUUUGUCGACAUCUGUUUUCUGACAUCUUGUUUUCUUUCUGUUGCCUGACCCAAACUCUGCAGGCCCCACUUCACUGCGUAAAGCUUUGGACCCGGGGCCAAGUUUGGGUUUGGUUGCUAUUAAUCCAAUUUAUUAAGAAAUUCUGAUUGUACCAACUGUCUGCAUCCAUGUUUGUCGAGUAGAUACGCAGUGUCCACAAAGAAGGGGGGGGAGAGAGUGAGUGUAGCGAAUGCAUCAUGUUAGCCCGGUUAGCUAACCGGUCAGAAAUAUCCCAACAGAAAAGAAAUAUAUUGUAUAUGUCACACCCACUCGUGGUCCACAGCAUUCAUGGAUUCGACAGUAACAGUUGUUACUACUCUGCAGGUCCAGUUCUAUUCAGUAAAAUCAAUCAACCGUAAUUCCAGAUGAAAAUGGACCAUGUCUGUAGGUGCUUAGAUGAGUAUGAAUUAAGAGAGUGUGUGUUUUCUUUCUGUGUUUUCAUGUUACUUCUUGGUGGUUUUCGUUGCCAUGCGGUAUUUCUCAGAGGGAGUCACGUCUUAAACUGUAAUCUGUCACUCGUUCAUCACAUUCACACGUUGAUAACUGGUGUUUGUCAGUGUCUCAUUUCAGAAGUGUUUAUGAUUAUCAGUCUGUCAGUUCUGCUCAUAGCUGCACAUCGAUGCGUUCACUUGCACUUGUUUAUUAUUACCACACUGGAAUGAGUACAUAAGGACCGUAUUGAUUAGUUGUUAUAAUCAUGCUGUUAUGGUGCACUUUAAAGCUUCUCUGAACUCCUCCUUUAAGGGUCAACCCUGCAGUACUGUAUGAUUUGAGCACAGUUCAGGUUUAGCUUUCUAAUGAAUAGUCAGAGAGAUUCAUCAGAUAACGAUGCAUCCAGUGUUAAAGCGAUGUUUCUACCUCAAUACAGCUUCUGUGUCUCCGUCACUGAGAAGAACCAUCGUUCAAACAGACCCCGCCCUCCUCCUCCUCCUCCUCCUCCUCCUCCUCCUCCUCCUCUCUAGACUGUGGCUGUCAGACUUGAAUCUAUUGGUUGAGCAGUGUUCAGUGUGUGAAUGUUAGACUAACAGACUACUGUGUCUUACCUAGUGACGUACUCAGGGGUGACUGAUGAACAACACUAAUCCAUUACACAUGUACUUAAUUUAUGAAUGACUAGAGUUGGAGGUUAAUAACAGAACACUGUGUCUGUUAAUGCUGAAAAAGUGACAACCCUCCAUCAUUAUGUUAAUUGAUGUUUCAAAUAGCACUAAUAAUAUGGAUGAUUUAAGUUUUAUUGAAUAAAUUAUACCAAAAAAUG